UGUACUUUUGAAUUAUUACUUUUACUUCUUACUUCUUGAUAUGAUUCUGUCUGACGAAAUUGCAAAUAUUGACUACGGUCAGCGUGUUCAUCGUGUUGUAUUUCAAGGAAUUCUUCACAAACGCGUUUCACGGCCCACUUUCCCACAAUUUCGGGUUCCACGUUUAUUCAGGUGUUUUUUUGGUCAGACAAAGGCUUUCUUCUGUUGGCAUUGUCGCCACUGGAAACUCUACGACGAUGGCAUAUUCGUUUACUUUGAGUCUGAGAACAGCGAAAGACCACUCGGGGGAGUGAAACUCGGUAUGGCUGACAUGCCUCUCUCUAAAGAAAUGCAGCAGACGGUGACUAGUAACGUGUAUCCAGCACAGGUGGAUGUGCGAUGCCGUCUAACUGUUCCAUCUACGAAUAGAGUAUUACAUCUUUUUUCUGAGCAACCCGAAGAAUGUGCGAGGCUAAGGGAACAGAUAACAAUCAUUGUAAACAACAUCGGACAAAUUCAGUUAAAGCAAAUAACUGAAAUGGCUGUCGAAAGCCGAUUGUGCAAAACGAAUUCUAACGGAAGUCUUCUUGAUGAUUUUUCAGCGAUUGACGAUAAAAGAGCAAAAGACGAUGAUUGCACUUCUGAGUUUUCUUACGAUGAGGCGACCAUGGAGCAGCUUCGGCGUGAAAUGUUCAGUUGUGUUGAAACGGGCGUCGUAGAUGAAAAGAAGAGACAGUUUUGCGAAGAGAUUGGAAUUACAAUAAGUGAACUGAUGGCAGAUGAGAACACGCGGGCGAGUGAAGAGAUAGUCGCAGUGGAGAGUGGCGAUGAGGUGCCGGUGUCUUCAGGCGAUGUUGAGUUGACUGAGAACGUACAGUCGAAAAAAGAUGUAAAAGAAAUUUGCCGAAAAGGAAGCGAAGAACAAGGUUCGCCUUGACGACGCUCAAACUGAUGACUCUGAACUUUGAAGACAACGGAAGUGAAGCCCAUUGUAUUAGGGCUCUUGCCAUGCUGAUCUGUUUAUCCAAAGUCUACUAGCAAUCUGAACAAGAUAGAAUAGAAUAGUGGCUGACAUAAAAUUUGUAUACUGUACACUGCAUGUUCGAGCGGCCGCGGUGCUAACGGCUGCCACGGGUGUUUGUGUCAUCAUUUGACAGUCUAACAAGAAACUAUACCUAGUGUUAACUGUAGUAAGUACAAGCUAUGGUCGACCGUACA